UGAUUCUUUCAGCAUCAGCUAGUUUUGUGUUGACUUCAGGAUAUUGAAAUUGACCGAGGUUAGAACAAAGUAUGGUUUGAGGAUCAAAUGAGGAUAAAUGUGCUACUCAGUAUUCAUUUCUACCUAGGCUACGAAUUUCCAUCCCAGGCAUAUCGAGCAACAACCAAACAAGAUUUCAAUUUCUCAGGAAAUUUUUAUCGAAGAAUUUUUUCCAUCAAUUUCUAAUGAAAAUAUUUUAUUAUUCGAAUGAAAAGAAUAAAUUUUCACAUCAACAACAAAUUGCACAAAGAUAAUCGAGUUUCUGCGGAACAAGGAUAUUAUCAAGCUGAACCAACACACCAAUGACAACCAGAUUCCAAAUUGUUGCUUAAGGGGCAGUUCCUCUCCACACCCCCGCUCCAAUUGGUGGUACACUG